GUAAUCAAAGUACAUACUGGUUCUCGGAGGAAAUAUGUUGGUUUAGCAGAAACAACUGAAGGGUUUCAGUUGAUCCUCUCCAGAGAAUUAGAUGGUCUUUUAGAACAGUUAUUUGGUAGGUUACAUUGGUGAAGCUACUAGGAAGCCUACAAACUCAAGAAUGGAGAAGAAUUUGAAGAAAUGACCUUCAAUCUCUGACCCCAGAAAGUAAAAAAGAAGCAGAGGAAGGAUACACAGUUUGAGCUAGCUGUGGCAUUCGGGUGCGGGAGGAACUCAGUGUUGAUCUUAACUAAUUGAUUAGGACAAUGAGUUUGGAGAUGAUAAGUGGUUUGAUUAAAGAUGAGGAUGAGAGACAGUUGCUAAUUAACAUAAAGCAUAAAUUAGAGCCUGCUCCUAGCUGUUCCAUUUACCGGGUGCCCAGAAGCCUUCGGAUAUUGAAUGCAAAAGCUUACACUCCCCAGAUAAUUUCAAUUGGCCCUCUUCAUUAUGGGAAAGAAGAGUUAGUUGACAUGGAGAAACAAAAGAACCGAUACAUGGAAAGUUUUUUAAAUCGGAUAACUAUUGAGCAAUGGGACCAAAUAUUAACCUUUGUUAAAGACAAUGAACAACAUAUUCGCAAUUGCUAUGAAGAGACCUUUAAUCUGGGGAGUACUGAAUUUGUAGGAAUGAUUCUAUAUGAUGCUGUCUUCAUUAUGGAGCUUUUCUGGAGAUAUUACAGGCGUGAUCUUUAUUUUGAAAGUGAUUUUUUGCUUAAUAGAAUGGCAUCAUAUUGUAGUUUAGGCAUGGAUUUGCUACUGCUCGAAAAUCAACUUCCAUACUUCGUUCUUGAGAAAUUAUAUAACUUAGCUUUUGUAAACCCUCAUUAUCCCACCUUCAUGGAUCUUUCUUCCAUUUAUUUCAGCAAGUUAAUGUUUGAUGUCCACACGCCUCAAGAGGUGGUAGUUAUACAUUUCACUGAUUUGAUAAGAACUUCUCUAUUAAAUAACUACCCGAAGGUGGAGUAUGCAAGGGGCAUUGUGGGUUUACCUUGUGCAGUGAAGUUGCAAGAGUCAGGAAUAAAGUUUAAGGGGAUUGAAAGAGAAUGCUUACUUGACAUAAGAUUGGAAAAGCGAAAGCAGAGAAAUAUUCCAUUCUUCCAAGUACAUGAGUUGCAAAUACCAAUGUUGAUAGUAAAUGAACAUACAGAGACUUUUUUUAGGAAUAUAAUGGCUUUGGAGCAGUGCCACUACUCAAGGGAUACUCGGAUAUGCAAUUACAUUCAUCUAAUGGAUACUUUUAUUGAUACUGAGAAAGAUGUGGAUUUGCUUGUUGGAAAGAGAAUUAUUAACAAUUGUUUUGGCGACAGUGCUUCAGUAACAAAUAUGUUUAACAAACUUGGUUUACAAAUUAGUAUGCCUGGCACUUGUUACUAUGAGCUUGGUGAGGAGCUAAAAGCACAUUUUAAUAAUCCUUUGAACCAUGCCAAGGCCACCUUGAAAAGGGUGUAUUUCAGUAAUCCUUGGAAAGGCACAGCAACUGUUGCAGCAGUUACACUCCUCUUGCUCACCGUGAUACAAACCAUAUGUUCUAUGAGGCAAGCCAAUUGGAUAGUGUAAUUUUGAACUUCAAAGUUUUCCAUUAUAUCUGAUAAUGUGUACUAAUCAUGGAUGGGGAAUUGGGAUAAUUUGUUUUGUUUGAAGUUAUAAUUUGUGAAUAUCAUAGUAUUCCAUCUCUUGAAUUCUUUAUGUUGGUGAAUAAUGUACCAAGACUGUGGGUAGUUCGGUGACCGA